AUGCCUCUCACCGAAGACCAGAUCAACAUCAUCAAGGCCACCGUGCCUGUAGUCCAGGAACAUGGCACCACCAUCACCACCGUCUUCUACAAGAACAUGCUGACGGAAAACCCAGACUUGAAUGAUUAUUUCAACACCACCAACCAGCUGAAUGGCCACCAGCAACGCGCCUUGGCCGGUGCAUUGUAUGCCUAUGCUGCCAACAUCGACAACCUCGGUGUUUUGGGCCCUGCUGUUGAGAACAUCGCCAACAAGCAUGCUUCCCUGUACAUUAAACCAGAGCACUACAAAGUCGUCGGUACGUACCUGCUCGCUGCUAUGGGUGAGGUUCUAGGUGAUGCCCUAACGCCCGAGAUUCACGAUGCUUGGGCCGCUGCAUACUGGCAACUCGCAGAUCUGUUUAUUGCAAAGGAAGAAGAGCUCUAUAAACAGGGCGAGGGAUGGCGAGACUGGCGCGAAUUCAAGAUUGAGAAGAAAGUGCCUGAAUCGGAUGUUAUCACCUCUUUCUACUUGAAGCCAGUCGAUGGACAGGCUUUGCCUGCUUUCAAGCCUGGACAGUAUAUCUCGGUGCGCAUGAAUGUACCAGAUCUGGAAUAUAUGCAAGCUCGACAGUACUCGUUAAGCGACAAGCAUUCACCAGAUUACUACCGUAUCAGCGUCAAGAAGGAAUCAGGGCUUGACCCCCGCCACCCAGACGCCAAGUACAACCCGGGCUACAUUUCGAAUAUUUUGCACGACUUCAAGAACGAAGGCGACACAGUCCAAGUCUCGCACCCACACGGCGAUUUUUUCCUUGUUGAUGCCGAAUCUUCCUCCCCUAUUGUCCUGCUUGCUGCUGGUGUGGGCCUUACACCAUUAACAGCGAUACUAAACACAGUGACUUCCGGCUCAACCGCCGACAAACGCAAAGUCCAUUUUGUGCACAGCGCGCGACAAGCCAAAUCACGCGCUUUCAAAGAUCACGUUUUGUCGCUCUCAAAGCAGCAUCCUUCUCUAGAGGUUACGCUUUUCAACACCUCGCCCACUGCAGAGGAAAAGCAAGGAGAGGAUUAUCACGUCAAGGGUCCUAUUUCCAUUGACUCUUUAGCCAAGGAUGGGAAAUUGUAUCUCGAUGAUGCCGCGACGCAGUACUAUAUCUGUGGACCGUUGGGAUUGAUGACUGGCACGGCCAAGGCGUUGGCUGAGCAGGGUGUGUCGACGGAUAGGAUUCAUAUGGAGUUGUUUGGUACGGGGGGUGUGCCUUCUCCUUGA